CGUCAGUCGCCAAACGACAUCCGACAACGAGAAACGAAAAAGAGCAAUAUAGAGAGUUGUGCGUUGAAUUUCCAUUGUCCUUCCGGAAAUUUCGGGCUCGCUCCGCCAAAACCAUCCUCAUCGAACAAGGACGGCCCGACCGACUGAACGAUGUCCUCGAGCCUUUCAGCGCGCCUCAAGCACCCCAAGAAGCACGAAUUGUCCAAAUCGUACAGCGAGGCCCAACUGUUGGCCAACAAAUUGAGACAGGACGGCGUCCUAUCCACGGUCGAAGAUGUUCUACACGCCGUGGAUCAAGUAGCCGCCUUGUUGUCCUCGAAUCUAGGAGACGCCCAAAUUUCUUACAAAGACAGUGUCAUCAAUUUAUGCCAACACCUCAAGGUCUAUGGCGCCUAUCUGGAGAUCCUCUACAAAGAGCAGCUCGAUCACGCGUUCAAAAUAUUUAGGGACAAGGCCCAGGACGAUGUCCAAGUGGAUUUGUUGUCGCGUCUUCAUCUACUCGAGCUCAUCGAACUCAGAGCGAAAGGUUGGAAGGGCACCGACGGCAUGAAUACUUACUACAAGAAGAAAGUCAAUCAAUUUGGAAGUUCACAGGUAGAUAUGGCGGAGUCGAUAUCUAGUUUGAAUGAAUCUUUGGCGGCGUCGGUGGCGUCGUCGCCGCCGCCGGUUUUGGCGCCGGGCGAGGUGUUGAAACCGUCGGGGAAAUUUCCCAAGCCGACCAGGAUACCUGGUAAAAAAUAUUGCAAAGACGAGGUGGUUAUUAGAAACGCGGAUUCGGGGAAAGUAAUGGGUAUCAAAGGGAGGCGAGUACAUAUGAUAGAGGAAUUAAGCGAAACUAUCAUAUCGUUUCAAAGAGUUAACCCGGGGGCGAAAGAAAGACUGGUACAAAUAACCGGCGCGAACGAGGAAAGCAUAAAUCACGCCAAGCAAUUAAUCGAGGACACGAUCCGGAGGAACGCUUCGCCCGUAAGGGAAUCGACCAUAUCGAGCGGCGGGGGUCCGUUGACCGGCUCCAGUUCGAGCAUCAAUUCCUCGGCGUCCGACGACAGCGCCUUGCCGGGCUCGGCCCGAGCCUCUCGCGCGCUCAUGCACAGCUUGAGCACCAACGACGCGAACCUGGGCGAAUACAAGUACACGGUGAUCACCAACGGAUGUACCAUCAAGAUAACCGGCGAUAACUUGGAUUUAGUUAGGACUAGUAAGCUCGUUCUUGAUGAAUAUUUCUCCGGUGAGCCGAUACACGAUGUGGCCCAGUUUUUCAGCUUCGACAGUUUGCCGCAGCCGAUAGUGCCCGAAGAGUUUCCGGAGACUCCGUUGUCGCCUCCGGAGUCGCUGCCGUCGCCCGAGGUGGUGGCCAACGGAGACGCCGACGAUGCCGCUACGGGGAAAUUGAGAAAGCCCCGAUUGUCUAUCGAAGAGUUGCUUAAGAACCAAACGAAGGCCGGCAAUGGGAAGGAAAAAGAUAACGAGAAGGAUAAAAAGGGUGCGAGAAGCGCGAAUCUCAGUUACACCAUCGAAUAUUUAGCUAAUUUAGCGAUGUCGCCUCAUUGUCUCGCCCAACCGCCCGAUUGGGAGAAAAUCUCCCAAAAUUAUCCAGUAUUGAUAAGAAACGACGUUGAAUAUUUCGAUGCUCAAACGUACCUAUCGACUAGAACGACAGAGUCCACCGGUGUUCUCAGCGCCAACGAUUCGGAUCCCAGCGAAGUUUGACACAAACCGAUCAAACCGAAUAUUCAUUCGACUGUCCGGUGGUUCUGAAACUACUCCGUGUUUCCCCUAAAGGAGAAGCAAGUACUAAAAAUUACUCAGUAUACACAAAGUGUCACAUGUACCUUUGUGCGUACAAAUUGCGUUUUUAUUUACUUUGACUAGAUUUUUUCUAUUAGUUUUCGUUUUGAAAAAAAAAAUUGAGUUUUAUUAUCGAUUAAUACUACUUAGUUUAUCUCGAAUAUGAUUAUUUAAGUUUUUUUUUCACAUUUAACUUGACUGACUCUUAUUUAUGUGUACGUUUUCAUAGUAAAGAUAUAUGUAGGUACAUCAAAAAUCUUUUUCGAAUAAGAUUUUUGUUACCACAACGAUAUAUUAUAUUAGUCAUAUAUUUUUGUGAUACUCGUAGUCCUUUUACUGAAUGUUUCUCGUUUAUAUUUAAUAGAAACAUCCAGUAAUUAUUAUUGUUAACAUUUAACAUAGCAACGUAUAAAGAUUUUUUUAUUUCGUUGAGUAUAACAAAGUUGCCGUAUUUAAAAUUUAUCUAGCAAUUCGUUAUUACGUAUGAAUUUAUUGUUGCAUUUUGUUUAGGAUUUGUUUUCGUGUUUAAAUGUAUUUAACAGUGAAUAAAAAAAAAUUUCAAUCAAAUUUUAUUAUCGAGGAAGGUGAUUGAGGUGAAGAAAGUUUACCGAUAUUUUUCCUACAAAAUAAAACGAGAUCUUUAUGAAACAAUUUGUAUCCAUCGUUUAUAAUCACUCAAAAAUUCAUACAUUACAGCACUGAUUACAAAUUAAAUUUUUUCUACAAAUUCAUCGAAUUGAUAAGUGGGACAUAAAACGGUUCAUAAAAAAAAGGUCGCUCUGUAGUUUCGUGUAAAAAAUAUAGCCGGGUUAAAAAUACGCCUUGCGUACGCAGAAACGCUCGAAAUCAUACAUUUGCCUAUAAAAAAAGUUACGGUCAAAAUAGGAUUAUCCACAAAUUGCCACGUUGAAUUUCAGAAAAUAAAAUAGCAUAAAUUGUAUUACUUUCCAAGGAGUUAUAAAAAUAGCAGCGUAUCAAAAAUCAUUUAUUGGGGGAAUUCUAUAUCAGACAUUACAAAUUGGUGGCAAUUUGAAAAUAAUGUAGUCUGCGUUAAAAUAAAUUCAAGAAAAAGAGCGCUUGAAUAAAUUUAGAUAAGUUUCUAUACCAUAAAAAUAGUAAGUAGCAAUUAGCAAAAGUUUUGUAUACUUUGUAUUUAAUAUGUAAUACCAUUCUGUGAUAUUUUCGCAUUUUUCUUAUAGAAAAAAAUGCAAAAACAUUACAAAUUGUGACCAAAAGAGUGAAAUGUAGAGAAUUUUAAGGGAUUCCCGCUCUUUUUCUUGUUUUAUAGCACCAGUCGACCAAUGAAUGAAAAAAUCUAAAAUUGAAUUAAAAAAUUAAUUACAAAUAUCAUACUUACAAGAAAACACACUGAUCUAAUUAAAAAAAAAAUAAACAGUUUAGACUAAGUCCCUAUAUUUUUAGCCUACGGUAAACGCUUUAUUGCCCUCCUGUCUCUCCAUAUAUGCUCAAAAAAUUAUUAAAAAAACCGUUUUGAAACUAUUACAAUUUACAAAUCGUGAAACACUAUUUAAUGUACUUCUUUGCAUUAAUAUCUAAGACUUUCCUGCAAAAAGGUUUACAUUUUACAUUACAAGACAACUCUUUUGUACAUUCAAUUAAAAAAAAGGUAAACCAAAACGCCAAAACUAUUGUGAUAAGAUCAAAAUUAACCAACUUAAGCUAAAUUUAUAUCUAUCUUUACACAAAUAAGAAAAAAUGGACAUGUUUUUAUACAAAUCGAAGGGGGAUACGUAAUAAGUUAAAUUUUAGUCAGGUACCGCGACUCACACGCAGUUUUCGCACGGUCACCAAACUAGUUGGAGUCCUUUUUUCAUACAAAUAUAAAAAAAAAGAACCCAUUUUGCGUUUUUGCAUUUUCGUGACAAAAAUCGCGAGGUAGCCUGUGGAAAUACAAAAUUAAAAAAAUUACGAAUACAGUACUGUUUAUUUCUCAAUGUGAGUUGAUCUAUAUAUUUAAAAAACGGUCCUGUAUUUUAACGAGGGGGCGGAAUAUUCAGAUUAAUAUUUUUCUCUUAUAGACACGCACCAAAAAUUACCUAACUAUGAUAACUGAAAAACCGAAUUAAAAAAAAAAAACAAAUAUGAAGAAUUAAGUCCACAAAGUAACUCGAGACUUUUUACACUAAAAUAGAUUGUCCGUCAGGGUUUUAUAUUUUUUUCACACGGGUCGACGGCGUCCCCAACUUUAUUAUGCGUCGUCGUCCUCCUCCUCGACGCCUUCUUCCCCUUCCACGUCCUCGUCAUCUUCUAAAAAAACGCAAAUAAACAUCAAGUAAACAAUCAUUCGACAAUAAUCCUUCGUUUUACCUUCCCCCUCGAUCUCCUCAUCAUCGCCCUCGUGCAAUUCUUCGUCGCCUUCCUCCUCUUCUUCUUCGAUACCUUCCUCCUCUUCUUCGUCUAGGUCCUCACCCUCCGAAUUGGCCCCGUUCUCCUCUUUUUUCGCCUUCUUCGCCUCUUCAAUUUUAUCCUAACCAGAU